AUGGAAAAUCCAAACAACAGGCAGUGCAAGUUGGCGUGUCUCGGCCUCCGCGUCGCCGCCACCAUCCUCCUCCUCCUCUCUCCAACGGCGGCCACCCCGGCGGCGAGCCGUGGGGGCCAUGACACCGGCUUGCACAGCAACUACCUCGUCAUCGUGCGCACUCCGUACGAGUACGACCAGAACCUGUACAAGAACGUGUCGAGCUGGCACGCGUCGCUCCUGGCGUCGGUGUGCGACACGGCCAAGCAGGCGCUGGCUGCCGACCCGGCCUCCGUGUCGCGGCUCAUCUACUCCUACCGUAGCGUUGUGAACGGCUUCUCUGCCCGCAUGACGCCGGAGGAGGUGGCGAGGAUGUCCAAGAUGGACUGGUUCCUCCGGGCGCUCCCCGAGCAGACGUACCACCUCCUGACCACCCGCACGCCGCAGAUGCUCGGGCUCAUGGGCGGCGGCCGCGGAACCGGCGGUGUGUGGAACACCAGCAACAUGGGCGAGGGCAUCAUCAUCGGGAUCCUCGACGAUGGCAUCUACGCGGGGCACCCGUCGUUUGACGAGGGAGGGAUGAAGCCGCCGCCGGCCAAGUGGAAAGGCCGGUGCGACUUCAACAAGACGGUGUGCAACAACAAGCUCAUCGGCGCGAGGUCGUACUUCGAGUCGGCCAAGUGGAAGUGGAAGGGCCUUCGCGACCCGGUGCUUCCGAUCAGCGAGGGGCAGCACGGGACGCACACGUCGAGCACGGCGGCCGGUGCGUUCGCGCCCAACGCCAGCGUUUUCGGCAACGGGCUCGGCACGGCGACCGGCAUGGCCCCCCGCGCUCACAUUGCGUUCUACCAGGUGUGCUACGAGGAGAAGGGCUGCGAUCGAGAUGACAUACUGGCGGCGGUGGAAGAUGCCAUCGAAGACGGCGUCGACAUCCUCUCGCUCUCGCUUGGGAAUGAGGAUGCCGUCGACUUUUCAGACGACCCCGUCUCCCUCGGUGGGUACACGGCGAUCAUGAACGGCGUGUUCAUUUGCGCAGCGGCAGGCAACACUGGCCCGAGCCCAGGAACCCUCGUCAACGAGGCGCCGUGGUUGCUCUCCGUAGGGGCGAGCACCACCGACAGGAGAUUCUUGGCCACCGUGAAGCUUGGUGGCGGGGUUGAGCUUGACGGCGAGUCGCUCAACGAUCCCAACACCACUGUGGGCGAGUUACGCCCUUUGGUGCGCGAUGUGGGCGACGGCACGUGCGCCAGUGAGAGCGUGUUGAUAGCACAGAAUGUCACCGGAAAGAUCAUCGUCUGCGAAGCCGGUGGUGCUGUCACCACCGCGAAGGCCAAGGUGGUAAAGCGCGCCGGCGCGGCCGGCAUGAUCGUCGUCACCCCUCAGGUGUUCGGUCCGGUGGUCAUCCCGAGGCCGCACGUCCUCCCAACAGUGCAAGUCCCCUACGCGACGGGGCAGAAGAUCAAGGCUUACAUCCAAUCCUCGCGGAAGCGGAACGCGACGGCGACGUUCGUCUUCAAAGGAACAACGUUCAGCACGCCGCAGUCGCCGAUGGUGGCACCCUUCUCGUCGCGGGGACCAAAUAGGCUAAGCCAUGGAAUCCUGAAGCCCGACAUCAUCGGCCCCGGGGUGAACGUCAUCGCUGGCGUCCCCUCGAUCGAGGACGUGGAGUUGGCGCCUAAUGCGGUGGUUCCUAGGUUCGACAUCAAGUCCGGCACGUCCAUGGCCGCGCCGCACCUGAGCGGGAUCGCCGCGCUGAUCAAGAAUGCGCACCCGACAUGGUCGCCCGCGGCCAUCAAGUCAGCCCUAAUGACGACUGCGGAAACCACCGACAACCUCCGGAAGCCGAUCGCCGACGUGGACGGCAGGCCAGCGAGCUUCUACGCCGUGGGCGCCGGGCACGUGAACCCGCAGCGAGCCAUGGACCCCGGGCUUGUGUACAACAUGACGGCCAAAGACUACGUGCCGUACCUGUGCGGGCUCAACUACACGGACCAGAAGGUGAACACGAUCAUUUACCCGGAGCCGCAGGUGUCCUGUGCCAAGAUGCCAAAACUUGAACAGGACGACCUCAACUACCCGUCCAUCACCGCCAUCCUCGACAGGCCGCCCUUCUCCGUGACGGCCAACCGCUCCGUGACAAACGUCGGGGCCGCCAGUUCGACGUACGCCGUGGAGGUGGACGUGCCGGCGUCGGUGAAAGUGGAGGUGAACCCACCGAAACUGACGUUCAAGGCGCUGGACGAGAUCUUGAACUACGUGGUCACCGUCAAGUCGACGUCCGGCCGGGCUCCGGCUGGCACGAUCGAGGGCCAGCUGAAGUGGGUCUCGGGCAAGUACGUCGUGCGCAGCCCGAUCCUGGUCACGCCCGCCGGCAGCGCCACGACCGGUGCCGGAAGUCAACGCCCGCGUCAGCCCUAA